AAGUCUUGCACAUGCUUUUCAUGAGAAUCCUGCAGAAGGUAUACGGGGUCCGCCUGGAGCAUUUCUACAUGAUGCCAGUCAACGUUGAUAUAAUGUACCCACAAAUAUUUGAAGGCUUUCUACCUGUUUGUAACUUGUAUAUUCACAUGGAGCGCUUUCUUCCAGUGUGCUGUAUUAAUGACUUUCAAAUUGCUGAUGUUAUAAACCCAAAAGCAAAGAGGACAAGUCGUUUCUUCAGUGGCAUUCUCAACUUCAUACAUUUCAGAGAAUCACGACGUGGAAUCUAUCUGGAGUUACAGUCAAACUAUAAAUCGGCUAUGGAGAAACUACAACAACUAGAGACAGCAAAUCAAGAGGCAGCAGUGAAGCUGGAGAAGCUGAACACUGUUCCAGUAGAACAGCAAGCAGAGUUCAAGCAGUUGUCUGAUGACAUUCAGGAGUUGCAGCAACUGCUGAACAACGACUAUCGACGGAAAGCGACAGCUUUGCAAGAAGUGAUCUCACAGAAAAAGUCAGAUAUUGCAGAGAGGGCCCGAAAACUGAAUGAACUCAAAGUGAUAAUAGCUGCUUUGAAAGAAGAACAAGAGCAGCUGAAAUCAAAAAUUGUAGAGAGUCCGGAGGAAGUGAAAAACUACAAAGAGACAAUGAAAGAAAGUGUUAAGAAACUGAAGAAAUUCAAGCAAGAGGUUAUAGAGAAUUAUGAAACUUACCGUGACCUUGUUGAGAUUCUUCCAUCCUGUCAACUGGAGGUGCAGUUGUACCAAAAGAAAAUGGAAAGACAGGUAGCAAAUAUGGAGAGACUGGCCAGUGUAGCAGCAGAGGUCAGAAAUCUAGAAGAUCAGUUGGAAAGUGCUCAGAUAGAGCUGAAAAAAGGAAAAACGGAUGAAAUGUCCUUAAAGAGAUUGGUUACUGCAAAGCAGGAGAAGCUGUCUGCAACAGAAAUAAGGACAAAAAAGAAGCGUGAAGAUGUUGAGCAAUUUAAGCACACUAUGUUUGAGUAUUGUAACAGAAUUCAGGAAAAGAGGGGGGCUGUAUAUGAAAAAGUGACUGCAAUUCAGAAGGAGAUCCAACAGACAAAAUUCAAAAUCCAGCAGUUGAAUGAGAAUGCUGAAAAAGAAGAAAUGAAAGUCAAGGUAAUACACCUUAACAAACCAUUUUUAAACAAACUGCUUUUAAACAUUUGUUAUGUCUUCUAUUUCUCUUGGCAGCUACCUGUUCAACUUCUGACCUGUUUGCAUAAUGUUGCUGAACUGAAUAAACCAGGGGUCACCUGGCAUAAGAAAGGCAUGAGCCAGGCAGGUGUACAGCCUGAAGCUAAACAUAUUGACAGAGAAAAAGUAUUUGAACUGAAGGAGCAUGUUGAUACCAGAUCUGAGGGCUACAUAUUGGCUAGGACAUCUGGAGGAACAUUUCUUGCCCAGAGGUUUGGGAAUAUCCGCCAAACCGGAAAAGGAGGAGAUGGAGUUUGGUAA